CUGACUGUCACCAACAACCGCUGUGUCUAUCGUUAGUCGAUAUCGGGAGGCGAGUAAUAAAAAUAUACUGCGACUUAGUUGUAAAUACAAAAAUAACUGGAAAAUUAUUUGUUUGUUAGCCGAAAAAGGUUGAAGAAAACCUCUAAUAUACCAGCAGAAGAUAAAAAGCAACUAGUAACCAAAACACGUGCCAAAACAAACACCUAUUUUUUUAGUACAAGUAGUAAAUUCAACAAAAGCCAGCAAAAUGGGAAUGGUAACGAAGCGCAAGAAGAUGCACUAUGGUGAUACCCAUCUCCAGAGGAGAUGGCGCGUCCGGAAUCGCCGCCGUGAUCUUGACCAGAUUGACGAUGACCUGCGUACCCGAAGCGGGGAACUCAUUAAUCAAAAUGUUGAUCUCGAUAAGCCGGGUUUCGCCCAGUUCUACUGUGUCCAUUGUGCCAAGUACUUCAUAGACGACACAGCCAUGCAGGCCCAUUUCCGCACUAAGGUGCACAAGAGGCGACUCAAGGCGCUGGAAGUUGAGCCGUACAGCAUUGAGGAGGCGGAACGCGCCGCGGGACGUGGCAGCUUUGUGAAACCCAAGAAAAGGACAAUGGAGACACAGCCAUCCAAAGAGGAUGUCGUUGCCGGCAAGAGGAUUCGUGUGGAGGAAGUGCCUGAAGAUACAGAUGCCACAGAUUCACCAUCUACGUCCAAAACGAAGCGCAAGAAAGCUGAGAAAAUGGAGACCUAAUCGGGAGGAUAACGAUCUAUCUUAGUUUAUAAGGCUGCCGGGGACUGGAUCAUUUUCCUCCCUUUCAAAAUGCUGUUUUCUUGUAAUUUCUUUCUUUAAAUACAUUUUUUUUCCUACACA